AUGACAACCAUUUUCAGAUUAUAUAACUCGUCUCACCAUGCUGCAUUUCUCACUGGAAAAGAAAGUAUCAUGGCAAAGUGGCUCAUUGUGCUCUAUACAGUCCUUGUGUGGUGGUUCUGCACCCCUGCCACUUGCUUCGAUAACGAAACAGAUAGAUUAUCGUUGGUUGCUUUCAAGGAAGCAAUUGAUCAAGACCCACUUGGGGCCUUGAAUUCUUGGAACGAUUCCUUGCACUACUGUCAAUGGGAAGGCGUUGUGUGUAGCCGCCGACAUCCUGAUAGAGUUGUAGAGUUGAACCUAAUGUCCCUAGGCCUGGUGGGAUCACUCUCUCCUCAUAUCGGAAACCUGUCGUUUCUCCGAAUCAUCGAUCUUCAAAAUAAUACCUUCCAUGGCCCAAUCCCGCAAGAGAUGGGUCGAUUGUUUCGGCUUCGAAGCAUAGAUUUCAGCAACAAUUCGUUCCAUGGUGAAAUGCCAACCAACCUUUCUCGAUGCUCGAAUCUCGAAAGCUUGAACUUGAUAGACAACAACAUGACCGGAAACAUCCUGGCGGAGCUGUCUUCUUUGUCAAAGCUUAGACGUUUGGGCUUGGCUUUCAACAAGCUUUCAGGUAGCAUCCCUCCUUCACUUGGAAACCUUUCUUUUCUUUCAUUGCUUUCUUUAAGAGGCUGUGAUUUGCAUGGAGAGAUCCCAAAGGAAAUUUCCCAGCUUCAGGAACUUACAUUUAUUGCAAUACCCGAAAACCACCUUUUUGGCAACAUUCCUGCCGGCAUUUACAACAUCUCCACCAUCUCUAUGAUCAUAUUGUACUCUAAUCAACUUGACGGAACCAUUCCUCCUGAUAUAGGCUUACACCUUCCCAAACUCAGGCGUCUUAAUCUUAUGGACAAUCGGUUUACUGGACUGCUUCCUAUUUCGUUGCCCAAUGCUUCCGGACUUGAUUUCAUAAACUUUGGGCAUAAUAGUUUUGUAGGGCCAAUCCCUAAAGAUCUUGGAAGCCUUCCAAGGCUUCUAAAGCUGCUUCUUUACUUUAAUAGGUUGCAAGAUGAUCUUGGUUUUAUUUCAUCGUUAUCAAAUUGCACGAGUUUACGAGUGGUUGCUGUUGACAACAAUCUUCUUAGAGGUUCAUUGCCCGACUCCAUUGCCAAUCUUUCUGCCACAAUUGAGUCAGUUGCAAUGAAUGACAAUCAACUGCAUGGAAGCAUGCCUUUAGGUAUCGGGCACCUUCUCGGUCUCAGUCACUUAGACAUGGGAAGCAAUUAUCUUAGUGGCCCUAUUCCUACCACCAUUGGGAACCUUUACAAUCUGCACAACCUAUAUUUAUCAGGAAACAAUCUCACAGAAAUUCCAUCUUCGAUCGGAAACUUGACUUUGUUGAGUGUUCUCCACUUGGAGCACAACAGUAUCAAUGGAAACAUACCUCCAAGUCUCGGCAAUUGCCGUAAAUUGUUAGAUAUAUCCCUUUCUCAUAAUUAUCUAAACGGCUCCAUACCCCCUGAAGUUAUGAGUCUAUCCUCCAUUUCAAUUUGCUUCAAUUUUUCCCACAAUGCAUUGAGUGGUGCCCUUCCGCCAGAAGUUGGGUCGUUGCAUAAUGUUGCGGGCCUGGAUGUGUCAAACAAUAGAUUUUCAGGACCUGUUCCAAACUCUUUGCGCAGUUGUUUGAGCUUGGAACGACUUCAUUUAGAAACUAAUUUAUUUGAAGGUGAGAUACCCCAAAGUUUGCAAGAGCUAAGGGGUUUACGAGAGUUGGACCUUUCACGGAACAAUUUUUCCGGGUUGAUCCCAAGUUAUCUUGGCAAGCUUCGAUUAGAAAAGUUGAAUCUGUCUUUUAACCAGCUACAGGGGGAAGUUCCAAUUGAAGGAGUUUUUCAAAAUGGAAGUUUGAUUUCAGUGUUUGGAAAUAGCGAUCUAUGUGGAGGCAUUCCAGACUUAAAUCUUCCUCCUUGCUCGUCCUCAAAAUCCCAGCUGUCUAGCAAAACCAAGUUGAUGAUCAUUGUUGUUAUUGUUGUCGCGGUGUGUUUGAGUUCAUUAAUUUCCUUCUUUGUAUUCUCUCAUCGGCGACGUGUUUCAAGAAAAAAGAUGUCUUCCAUGCCAUCAUUCAGACACCAUCUGCUGAGGGUUUCUUACGCAGAGCUUCUCAAAGCCACUGAUGGAUUCACGGAGCAGAAUCUAAUAGGUGUUGGGCACUAUGGCUCCGUUUACAAAGGAAUUCUUAAUCAUGGUCAGACAGUGGUGGCAGUGAAAGUGCUCAAUCUACAGAUCCAAGGAGCUUCUAAGAGCUUCAUGUCAGAAUGCAACGCUCUAAGAACUGUUAGGCACAGAAAUCUCUUGAAAAUUUUGAGUGCCUGUUCUAGUGUGGAUUUCCAUGGCAAUGAAUUUAAGGCUUUGAUUUGUGAUUAUAUGGCCAACGGAAGCUUGGAAAAAUGGUUGCAUCAAGAUAAUGGGCAGGAAGAAAGCUCUAUAAAUCUAAAGUUGAUUCAAAGGCUGAAUAUCGCUAUAGAUGUUGCUUCUGCACUCGAGUACCUUCAUUGCGAUUGUGACUCAAGAAUUGUCCAUGGCGAUUUGAAGCCGAGUAAUGUGCUUUUGGAUGAUGAUGUUGGAGACUUUGGGUUAGCGAAAAUUAUCUCAACUGUUUCAAGUGAGGGGGAACAACAUCAGAGCAAUUCUACUGCAGUGAGGGGAACUAUCGGCUAUGUUGCCCCAGCAGCUGCCCAAAACAAAAAGAAGCCAAAAUCGCUGAAAUUUGAAUUCCAAUUUCCACCCCCUUCAACGAGAGAGAAAGAGAAAGAGAAAGAGAGAGGGGAGUACGACGCGGUCACCACCAGCGACCCCAUCACUGGCGCCCAAGACGGUUCGUGUAGAGCACUGGAUGACCGUCGGCAUUCUUCAUUCAGCAACGGUCUCGCUUCUCCGCUCGUCGCCCUAGUUGCAUGGUCGUUCUUUGCUCGUUCUUCGGACCUUAACGUUAUAUAUUCCCCUUUUUCGAUUUCGAUCGAUUCAUCACCGUCAUUCUGCAUCCUCGUCGUUGACGAAACCCUUCGGUUCAUACCCAUUGCCGUCAAUCUCCUCUGUUUGCUUCGAUCCAUUCGGUAUGUUUCUUAG